ACGAUUUCCUGGCUGAACAAAUCAGCCUAACACUUAUAAAGUGCAACUCCUGACUGUCAUAGAGACUGGAUGGGCCAGCAAGGAUGACAACCUAAUGGACUGAUCCCUUUCUCUCUCAUCUUCCCAGCACAAUGCUAACAAGAGGCUGACAGGAAACCCAGAAUUUUGCAGAGAAAGAUCUGCUCUUCACUGUCGCUAAAUAGGCAGUCUAUCCCAGGUGCCAGGAAGAUGGAGCGAAGCCUGCUGAUGUGGAGGUUCUUCACAUUCAUCAUGGUAACUGACUGCGUGAUAGAGCGUUGUCAUCACAAACUACCACAAGUCAGCCAUGCCACAUACAAAGCCCUCACGUACAAAAUUGGCACCUUGGUCAACUGUGAGUGCAAGAAAGGCUUCCGUAGAAUAAGCACAAGGUCGCCCUAUAUGAAUUGUACAGGAAAGUCUGGCCACUCUUUCUGGGAAAACCAAUGUCAGUGCACAAACAUUUCCCCCAGGAACAGACAAAAACAAGCUACUCCUAAUCCUGACGAACAGAAGAAAGGAAAAAACACAGAAAUGCAAAGCCAAAUGCAGCCCACAGACCAAGUUAACCAAGGUCAUUGCAGGGAGCCUCCACCAUGGGAACAUGAAAGUUCAGAGAGAAUUUAUCAUUUCGCGGAGGGGCAGAUCAUUCACUACGAGUGUGCCCAGGGAUUUAGGGCUCUACAGAGAGGUCCUGCCAAGAGCAUCUGCAAAAUGAUCUGUGGGGAGGUGAGGUGGACACAGCCCCAGCUCAAGUGCAUAAGAGAAGGUGAUGAAGAGUCUCAAGCAAGCACAGACACUCCUUCUGAGAGUGAAACUGCCUGUCCCUUAAUAAUGACAGGUACUACUACAGAUUUUGAAAAACAUACGGAAUCGACUACAACCCCAAAGAUGUUCAUAUUUACCACUGAGUAUCAGAUAGCAGUGGCUGGCUGCAUUCUCCUGCUGAUCAGUAUCCUCCUUCUGAGCGCGUUCACCUGGCAGCAGAGAUGGAGGAAGAAUAGAAGAACAAUCUAGAAAGUCAGAGUGGUACAGCCUAUCGCCAAGAACAGCCCACAGAAGUCAUGAAGCACAAGCAAAAUCAAAGAAAUUAAACAUUCUCCCAAGCUGCAUCUCCUGUGAUCCCUUGGGUUUUGGAAGGCUCUGAAGACACAUCACAGAACAACUGGCAGCUGCAACCCCAUCAUGAAGCCAGCUCUGGAGUAUCAAUGAGUGAGCUCAACAUGCUUCUAAGUAGCACUUCCAAGAUUACUGGAGGAACAGAGUGGAACAACCAGAACUUUCACUCUUAUUUUUAUGUGUAUGUGAAGCUUGAUAAGCAAGGAACUCUCUAGUUUAUACUACAUACCCUAUAUAGUAUAAAUAAAAUGGCUUAAUGUUAAUUUUAUCCCAACUUCCCAGUUUAGAUAUCCCAAGGAAAACCCAAGCCCUAAUUUAAAAGACACACACAAACUCUCUAGCAUAUGUAAUAAGACCUUGUCCCUUGAUCCACAUAAAUCCUUUCCCAGCCUCCAGUUGACUAACCCAUUCUCCUGCUCAUAUUUCUUAGCGACCACCCUCAAAGAGCUCUGGACUGGUAACUGCAUCGUUUUGUUCUUAGGUCAGUCCUCUAAACUAGCACCCCCUCCACUGAACCUUCGGUUUGGAAUUUCAAAAGAACAGAAGUCAUGGCAGAAUUAUAGUUAGGUAACACCAAAACCAAGCAAUCAAGCCUUGGAAUUAUAGAGCUUCAAUAUUUGAGAGAAUUUUAGUGGAGUUCAUGUCAGGAAAAGAAGGAUAAUUACCACAUUUUGCCAUCUAUAAUGUGCACUUUUUUGCCCAAAUUUUUGAGGGAAAAAUAAGGAUACACAUUAUAUAUGGGGGGUACUAAUUUUAUAUCUAUAGAAACAUUUUUAAUUUUUUUAUUUAUGCAUAUGCAUUAAAAGUAUAACUCUAAAAAGCAAUAACAAUGUCCAUAUGCAAAAUAAUACCCUGGAAUACCAUAAUAGAUUUUAGAUAUAAAUAAAAAAUUGAAUUAAAAAGUUAAAACAAAAGAUUUUUAAAAUUAUUUAUGUAUUUAUCUUUAGAGGUGAAGGGAAAGAGAGAAAUAUCAGUGUAUGGUUGCCUCUCAUGCAUCCCCUGCUGGGAACUGGCUUGCAACCCAGGUAUGUGCCCUGACUGGGAAUUGAACCGUGAUCCUUUGGUUCACAGGCCUGCGCUCAAUCCACUGAGCUACACCAGCCAGGACUAAAGGAAAGAUUUUUAUUUCCCUGAAAGUUUUGGCCAAAACGGUAGGUGUACAUUAUGCAUGGCAAAAUAUGGUAGGUCCCAGAUAAUGAAUUAUACCUAUUAAAAAAACGUCAAUUAUUCAUUAAUAAUAGGUUUCUUUAAGAGUUAGUUUCUUUGGGGUUGUUAUAAAUGACACUCUGAAUUAGUCCUGCAAUAAUUUGAUGUUUAUAGAUAGAUAUAUGAUGUGGAAAUGUGUACAUUUCCAGACAAUUGUCAUAGAAACCCAAUAAGAGAUCAAAUACAUUCAAUGUUUAUAGAAAGAAGGAAAGAAAGAAGAAGGAAUUGAGGAGGGCAAAGGAAGAUCAUACUUACCAGAUGUGACUAUGAAAAAGGACAUACCAGUGGUCCUCAAACUGUUAGCAAAUCAGAAUCUCCUGGAGGUCUCCUUAAAACACAGAUGGUUGCCCAAAACAGUGUGACUCAGUUGGCUGAGCUUCAUCCCACAAUUUGAAAGGUUGCUGGUUCAAUUCCCUGUCAGGGCACAUGACUAGAUUACAGGUUCAGUUCCUGGUCAGUGUGCAUAUGAGAGGCAACCUUAUGAGAGGAUUGAUGUUUCUCUCUCACAUUGAUGUUUCUAUUCCCCUCUUUUUCUCUCCCUUCCCCUCUUUCUAAAAGUAAAUAAAUAAAUAAAUAUCUGAAAAAAAUACUGAUGACUGGGCCCAUCUCUGAAGUUUCAGAAUCAACAGGUCUGGUCUGGGCCUGAAAAUCUACAUUUCUAACAAAUUCCAGGUGAGGAUAAUGAUUCUGAUCCACCUACCAUACUCUGAGAACCACUGGGUUAUACUACUCCAUGCCCACUGAUCUUCAAUGCCUAUUGAAAAAAAUGAGCUCCAGAUGCUGGGAUUUCAGUGAAAUUUCUUGUACAGACUUUUACAUAAGAGUUCAGUGCUAAAACUGGUUGACUUCAGAUGUCCCACUUGGACAAAAUCACAUGACUAAGGCAAUUAGUGAGAAGUUUAAACCAGUAGCCAGUUUUCAUUUCUGGAAGGGCAGGAAACUGUUAUUAAAAAAAUGGGCAGGUGUCAGCAGGUCCACAUCAGAAUUAAAGAACCAUUUUCUGUCCUUUCUGUGUCCCACCAAGUACCAUGCAGAUUCCAUUGUCAAUGUUCUUCCCCUGCCGCCACCAUCCCAAAUUUGCGUUUUGAGGUUAGAGUUGAGAAAACUCUCAGACCAAAAAAUUUUUUUUUAAUCUUACUUAUCUUACUUGAAUAAAAUUGAGCUGAAGUUUCAUUACUCAUUUGGGAGAGGGGGGACUAUGAGAUCAAUUUUUUUUCAUAAUAAAUAAGAUGUUUAUUUUCCUUUUUUAUUCUCAUUCUUUUACAAAUGUAGGGUGGAGUUUUCAAGAAGCUACAUAUGUGAUAAU